GACUAAACAUGAUUAAAAUGCGGUGUAUGGAAGCUGCCAUGCUAAUUUUCGGCUACAUUGCCACUACAUCAGCCGCCGAGAGUGAUGUCCUGGACCUGGGGGACGACAACUUCGCAUCCACACUGAAGCAGCAGGAGACGACAUUGGUUAUGUUCUAUGCUCCCUGGUGCGGCCACUGCAAGCGCCUCAAGCCUGAGUAUGCCAAGGCGGCUGAGCUCGUCAAGGAUGAUGAUCCACCAAUUAAGCUGGCCAAGGUUGACUCCGAGGCUGGCAAGGAGACCUGCAGCAAGUACUCAGUGAGCGGCUAUCCCACACUGAAAAUAUUCCGUCAGGAUGAAGUUUCGCAGGACUACAGCGGACCACGUGAGGCCAUCGGCAUUGCGAAAUACAUGCGCGCUCAAGUUGGACCUGCCUCUAAGAAUGUGCGCUCUGUGGAGGAGCUCGCCAAGUUCCUGGACACCAAGGAGACCUCAAUCUUUGGUAGCUUUGAAGACAUUGACUCCAAGCUGGCGAAGAUCUUCCUCAAGUUUGCCGACAAGAACCGCGAGAAGUAUCGCUUUGGCCACAGCAGCGACGAGGAGGUGUUGAAGAAGAAUGGUGAAACCGAUAAGAUUGUGCUGAUCCGUGCUCCACAUUUGAGCAACAAGUUUGAGGCUUCCACAGUCAAGUUUGAGGGAAGCGCUGAGUCCGACCUGACCCAAGUAAGUGAUCUCUUUUCUAUAUCCUCCCCCAAGCACACUCUUAAUUUACGUUCGUUCAAUCUCUGCAGCCAUGGCUUGGUUGGUCAUCGUACCCAGGACACUUCGCGGGACUUCCAGAACCCCCUGAUCACCGCCUACUACAGCGUCGACUACCAGAAGAAUCCCAAGGGCACCAACUACUGGCGCAACCGUGUCCUCAAGGUGGCCAAGGAAUUUGCCGGCCAAAUUAGCUUUGCCAUCAGCUCCAAGGACGACUUCCAGCACGAAUUGAACGAAUACGGCUACGAUUUUGUUGGUGACAAGCCCAUCGUUUUGGCCCGUGAUGCCAAGAAUCUCAAGUACUCUCUGAAGGACGAGUUCUGCGUGGAGAACCUACAAGAUUUUGUUGAGAAGCUGCUGGCCGACGAACUGGAGCCAUAUGUCAAGAGCGAGCCCGUCCCAGAGUCGAACGAUACUCCGGUCAAGGUGGCUGUAGCUAAGAACUUUGACGAUCUGCUGAUCAACAACGGCAAGGACACGCUCAUUGAGUUCUACGCCCCAUGGUGCGGCCACUGCAAGAAGCUGACUCCCAUCUACGAGGAGCUGGCCGAGAAACUGCAAGACGAGGAUGUGGUCAUUUUCAAAAUGGAUGCCACGGCCAACGAUGUGCCACCAGAGUUCAAUGUGCGUGGAUUCCCCACACUCUACUGGCUCCCCAAGGACUCGAAGAAUAAGCCCGUAAGCUACAACGGGGGUCGCGAGGUCGAUGAUUUCAUCAAAUACAUUGCCAAGGAGGCGACCACAGAACUGAAGAGCUUCGACCGUGACGGAAGGCCCAAGAAGACCGAGCUCUAAGCUUCAGGCUCUAAUCUUAACUCUUACUGCUAACUGCGUCGUUAAUGUGGUGUAGUGGCGGUGUAACUAGCAUUUCCAUAUUUUUGUAAAAGUCGAAUGCAUUCUCUUCAAAGUCUUGAUGGGACAAAAAUUGUAUUAAAUUAUAUAUAGUAGUGAUGAUGAUAACGCAGAUGAACACAAACCCAACCCCAUGAAGAUGUCACAAUAAACUUAAAA